AUGGAUCCAUCACCCAAGGGGAUGGAAGAGGGCAAGGUCCCACUGGACUUCUAUGAGGAACCAAAAACUCUGCAAGGCGAGGUGGAGGGAAUAGACAGUGGUGAAACACAUCGCGGACUGAGCUCGCGUCAUAUUCAAUUCCUUGCUUUGGGUGGUUGUAUUGGCACGGGAUUAUUCGUUGGAAGUGGAUCGACCUUGUCGACAGUUGGACCAGCUCCCCUUCUCAUGGGAUAUAUUGUUAUGUCAACUGUUGUCUACUUUGUCAUGAACAUGUUGGGUGAAAUGACAACUUACCUGCCCGUGCGCGGUGUUUCCGUGCCGUAUUUGAUCAAUCGGUUCACUGAGCCAAGCCUGGGGUUCGCUGUUGGGUAUAACUAUUGGUAUUCAUUCUCGAUGCUGACAGCGUCAGAAGUCACAGCAGCGGGACUAGUCAUACAAUAUUGGCCUAUCAAUGUUAGUGUUGGAGUAUGGAUCGCAAUUAUUCUUCUGGUUAUCCUCGUUCUCAACAUUGUCGCCGUCUCUUGGUAUGGUGAGGCCGAGUUCUGGUUUGCAUCUUUGAAGAUCAUCGCCAUCAUUGGUCUCAUUAUCCUUGGCGUCGUUCUUUUCUUCGGUGGUGGACCGAGCCACGACCGACUUGGUUUCCGAUACUGGGAGCACCCAGGCGCAUUCAAGGAGCCAUACUUGGUACCGAACGUGAACACUGGUCGAUUCCUGGCAUUUUGGACAGCUCUCAUCAAAUCUGGAUUUUCCUUCAUUUUCUCUCCCGAACUGAUCACCACUGCCGCUGGUGAGGCUGUCGCACCACGCCGCAACAUCCCCAAAGCUACCAACCGCUUCAUCUACCGUCUAUUUGCGUUCUACGUUCUCGGAAGUCUAGUGAUCGGAGUGACUGUUGCAUACAAUGACAAGAAUCUUCUUCAGGGCGUCGCCAGUGGCUCAUCGGGUGCUGGCGCCAGUCCCUUUGUGAUUGGCAUCCAGAAUGCGGGAAUCAGUGGCCUCAACCAUGUUAUCAACGCGGCCAUCCUGAUUUCUGCUUGGUCUUCUGGAAAUUCGUGGGUCUAUGCAGGCUCACGAACUCUCUACUCGCUUGCCUGUGAAGGUCAAGCACCCAAGAUUUUCACUCGGUGCAGUAAGAAUGGUGUACCUUACGCCGCGGUGCUGGUCACCUGGUCGAUUGGACUGCUUGCUUUCUUGAACCUAUCGAGUUCAGGGUCUGAUGUGUUUUACUGGUUCACCAACAUCACUACGGUCGGAGGUUUCCUCUCCUGGAUUCUUGUUGGCGUAGCUUAUCUGCGCUUCCGCCGAGCUCUUGAUUUUCAUGGCAUGCUCGAGUCACGGCCAUUCAAGACACCAUUCCAACCCUGGGGCACAUACUAUGCUUUGGUGGUUGUCUCGUUGUUGGCAAUCACCAACGGGUACACCAUUUUCUUCCCGGGCUCCUUUACAGCCUCCGGCUUCCUGGUGUCUUACAUUGUGUUCGCCAUAUUCUUUGCUUUGUACUUUGGUCAUAAAAUUUGGUAUCGCACGCCAUGGAUGGUUCCGGCUGCAGAUGUCGAUAUCUUCUCUGGCAAAGAGGAGAUUGAUCGGAUGUGUGAACUGGAUGUCGAGAAGCAGCCCCGCAAUUGGUUAGAACGUGUCUGGUGGUGGAUUGCAUAA